UUUGUGUUUGAUGUUCAACCUCAAUCCAUAUCGCUGUAGUCAUCGAGAAAUAUCAUAAUGCGUUUUACUGUUGUCCAUAUCUAGAGAAUAGCGUCAACUAGGAUAUUAAAUUGGUGCAGUAUAGUGGAUCGGCCAUUUUCGAUCACAUGGGUGAUGCGUAUAUCUCCAGUUUCUAAUCUGCGUCUGUGUGCCGUAUUUUUGGCCUUAGAUGCUCGACAGAUUGUUCUUCAUAACCGAAGCAGGCCUAUUGCAACGUUAUCUGCUCUGCAGCUUGAGCUCUAGACCGCGCUGACGUAUCUACAUUUGUCGGCAAAUACAUUAACGACAAGUUUUGUCAAAAGAGAUCAAUUCCGCUGUCAGAAUGAAGCGGUUAGCCAUUUUUACAAUGGCAUUAGCCACCGUUACUUUGGCGUUGGACCUUGAAGCAGUGCAGAGAAGUUCAACACGUAACCGAUAUUCCGCUAUGAACGGAGAUCUCCUGCACGAGCUAGAAAAGAGACGCUCAGUGGCCCCUAACUAUUUCAACAUGUUCGAUGAACCGAACGGCCGCAUGGCUAACGAUCGAUACUACAGGCGCAUGCAGGAACUGCUGGCCAACAUGGUAACAGCCACCCAAGGGGCUCGAGGCGCAGCAGCAUCUGAAUCUGCAAGUUGGCCAGACGUCCUCCGCCAACGGGACGCUCGACUUACGCAAAUGGAUGAUAUUCGACCACCUUAUGAUCAGGAUGAUUUUCCGUCGUAUGAAAGUGCCACCGGACGUCAGGAUGAGUCACUUAGCCGCUGGACCCUGCCGUCCCCGCCACCGCCGUCGGCAGGGGCUGGCUCGCCUUCGGGAAGACAGCAAAGCAUCCUUGACAAACGAAUCAGCAUUCCCGAUCGCCAGAACUCUUACCGAAGCCACAAGCAGCUCCCGUUCUCGAUGAGGGUUCCUCAGGAAGAGCUGCUAAAAAAGAGGUCUACGGAACUAUUAACAACGGAGAAGCCACAGACCUCAAGAAGUGAUAUCCUUAUCAAAGAUCUUAAGCAGCCGGACAUGGACAAGAGGAACAAGCGGACCGCCGUUCCUGACGCAGCAUCUUCAACAGUAAACACUGAGACAAAUGUCUCGAAAGCAUCCCUCAGUAACGGAAGUGGGGCUAGCGGCAGGAUGUCUCCUGCCGAUUUCAAGCAGUGGCUCACCGACGAAUACUACCGUAAUAUGGCGAUGAAUUUCGCCACGAUGCGUAAACGUCGAAGCGUGCCUGAUCAAGCGGGCCUUGAAGGAGCUCCGAUGGAAGCCCCUGGAGAACGUGACGACGGUGCGGCGUUCGAGCGUUUGCGUUCGAUGGAGCAAAGCCUGUUACAGGAGGCGCUUCAGCUUAUGCAGAAUGGCAAUGCGCAGCCGGGGCGUGGUAAGCAACAGUUCAAGUUGCAAGUAUCGGAGCGUCUUGAUGUCGCCCACGAUAUCGAAAACCUGAAUAAGGCUCUACAAAAGCUCUACGCUGAUUCGGAGCGACUGCGCACUCUGAACGAGGCUCAACUGAUGACUGCCCUUCGGGAACGCGCUGCAUCAGCGCCGGAGGCUUCGGGCGGCGUCGGCGCCCAACUGACUGACGAUUGCCCCGAACUGUCGCUUCUUUCCAGUGGCUGCUCAGCUUUGCAAGGAAUGUUUCCACCGGCAUCCGUCCAUGAGCAGUUCCUACUCUCGUGCAAUUGGCAUGAGGUCUGCUAUGCUUGUGGCACUCAGCAUGGUAUUAGCUCUGAACAAUGCGACCGACAGUUUUUAUCAGACAUGCGUAUAGUUUGCUCGCAGCUCGGCAGCUGCAACAAGCACAUGGUAGCACUUCUACUUGAGCCGUUGCAUAAACGGCGCGUCUACUUCAAGCGGAGCGUAACGCCCGUCUGCGAUCGGCCGUGCGUAGCGUCGUUCCUUGCUCGGAACUAAAACAUCGUUGUUUCGAAAUCUCGGCAGCCGCCAGGCUCUACCGGUACACAGUGUAUAGACCAGUUUAACGUACCUCUGAAAAAAUUUUACGUCUCGUCCCUCUUGCGAUUCUAGUGCUUCGCGCGCUAGGCUACCGGCAGCCGGGGAGGGGGGG